CCUCCACAGUUCACUCCCAAUCCACCACCAGAAGAAGAUGGACUGUAGCGACGAAGUGCAGAGCGUGCCCGAGGAGCCCACCUCUCAGAUGGAGCUCAAGAAGGGAAUGUCCAUAUUUAUUGAUAUAUUACGGAGAGCUGACAAAAACGACGAUGGGAAGCUCUCUUUUGAUGAGUUCAAAGCCUAUUUCUCUGAUGGGGUCCUGACAGCAGACGAGCUGAAGGAGCUCUUCCACACCAUCGACACGCACAACACAGACAAUGUGGACACAGAUGAACUCUGCGAGUAUUUCUCCCAACACCUUGGUGAAUAUGAGAAUGUCCUCGCUGCUUUAGAAGACCUGAAUAUGUCGAUACUGAAGGCCAUGGACAAAACAAAGAAGGACUAUCAGGAGUCCACCCACCUGGAGCAGUUUGUGACCCGCUUCUUGCUCAAAGAAACGACCAAUCAGCUUCACUCGCUCCAGAGUUCGCUCGAGUGCGCUAUGGAAACCACUGCCGAACAGACUCGACAGGAGAAACAGGGCCCGGUGAAGCCUGAGGCACUGUCCAUCCAGUGGUCGGGACGCCGCUCUAAUCGAAGACUCCAGAGGAACAGCAGUCUGUCACCCAACAACCCACUCCUCAGCCUCGUCAACUCAGGUGUUUUCGACGAGGACAGCCAGUGGAUGAUCCAGGUCAACAGACUGCAGAAGCUCAUUGACCGCUUAGAGAAAAAGGACAUUCGUCUGGAGCCAGUGGAGGAGGAGGUCUUAGACAGCACCAGUAAAUCUCACAUCCUCAUCGUGCAGAGGCAGCUGACGGUGCUGGAGGACGAGGUGGAGGAGUUUCGUUUGGCUCUCAGACAGUACGUGGACUGUGCCUGCGCCCAGACUGGGUGCCUACACAUCGCAGUUCAGCGGCUCGCAGAUGAAUCACGCUUCAUUUUGUAUGAAUUUUGGGAGCACAACAGCGUCUGGAAGAACCACCUCCAGACUAACUACAGUAAAACCUUCCAAAGGGCCAAUGUGGACUUUCUGGAGACCCCUGAGACCCUCACCACAAUGCUCGUCCCUGCCUCAUGGUGGGUCCUCAACAACAACUGAGAGGCCGAGCAGACGCGCACACACUAACUGCACACGUGUGAAGUCAUGGUGUUUAGUAUCUAUUCAAAGACCUCCAUGUUCCUUCAUAGUUUGAUGGUUAGUUUAAGUAGACCAUGUGUAAGUUUGUUUUACUUGUAGGAGACUAAAAGCAAUGAACUCAUCAGACAGAGACGGCUCUGGUGACCUUAUAUCAUCUUUGUUGUUUGACGUGUCCUCAUUCGGAGCCCAGGGUCGUUCAGGGGAAGUCAAGCGAGUGGUGAAUGUGCACGACGCGGUGCAUUGUGCGAAAGAGAGACUGAAAGAAGAAUGGGGAAAAUAUUAUCAAUUGUAGCAGCUCCAGGAAGCUCACUGAGCUAGUAUUCUGUUGCUAUUGUGUUUUUCUGUCUUAUUGGGAUUAAAUAAAGGGUAUUUAUUGUUGUCUA